AUGCUCUCCAUCGCCUUGCAACAAGAAGCUCAUGCAGGCACCACUCUUGGGCAAGAGGAUCACAGAUCAACAAGCACAGUGCACAAUAACCAUAUGAUGGCCGGGGCUGGAAGUUCUGCCAAUAGGCCCUGUGCAUGGCAGAAAAUUCCCCAGGGACAUGUUGAUACAACUGAUAGUAGUAGGAGAGGCACAGAGGGCUCACCAGCAAGCCUGACAGAGACCCCCGACUGA